AUGGAAGUACGUAUUGUCACAUUAGACACCUCUGUGGUUGGCGAUCUUGAGGAGCUAUACAACAAGGCUCUUGCACUUGUCGACGAUGAAUCCAAAAUCCAUUUACAGAAGUACUACCAUCGAGUGGAUAGUACGACGCCUUUAAAUCCACCUGUCGGCUACAACAUCACUCACGACAACGGGGUCGUUGGGAUGGCACUCAGCAGCGGGGAUGACCUCUAUCCAGACCCUCCUGCUUACCGAGUCGGCCUGGAUGUGAUGCGCUUGCACCUAGACAAGCGUGACAACUUCUCUGGUUUCGUCGAGAUAUUCAGUGAGCAACUGACGAGCCGAGAACGACUCAUUCUUCUUCCAAAGGCGCCCUCAUCGCCGUUGUCGUCACGGGAACAACUGCGGCGCUUCUACCUCAUCUGGACCUUGAAGGAGGCAUACACGAAGGCUUUGGGACUAGGGAUGGGCUUCGACUUCAGUCGUAUAGAAUACGACGUUUUCAACGAUGCGGUGCGGAUAGACGGCGCAAUACCGCGGGGAUGGAACUUCAUCAGAUUCGAGUUCACAAACGAGUUCAGAGGAAGAGAAGAGGAGUACGUAGGGGUCAUCGCUCAGUACACCGGCUCAAACAACGAAGCGAAGGUUGAAGAACGGAGCACCGACGGAGGGUGGUUCAAAGUACAGGGUGCUGCUCAAUUUCUUGAGAGAUGCUUGGAGGAGUUCGAUCCUGUUUGA